AUGUUGGUCAGAUCCGCCAUCUUCCUGCUCGCAGCUCUCGUCUGUUUGGUCGUCGCCCAGAGCUACGACGACGGUUCGUUUCAAUUUCACAGCAGAUUAGCUCAUUUAUCAAUAGUUUUUCAAACUCUUGCUGCAAUGAAGUGAAACAGAGUCGGUCAAGAACUGAGAAAUGGCUUAAAACUAUGCUCUAUUCACCGCUGAAUCGGAUGGAAAGUUUUUGCUCACUGUUUCCCUAAUCGUUUUCAGAUAUUUAUUUAAAACUGUCUGAAGCCAACGGCAAAUGUACCGUAAUUGAAAACUCGUUUGAAGAGACUUUUCUCGAAGUACAUUAAAUCCAGAAAUUGAGCUUCGAAACUAAUUAAUUAACCCACUUGUGAGAGUCAUCUUUCGCUCUAUCGCACAUGGCUUCUGCAUGAUCGCGUUCUCAAAAUCCUCAUUUAGUCUUAGAGUUUAAAGAAAUUCUUUUCGCACAAAAAAAAAUUGAAAAAUUGUUAUCUCUGGACUGAGCAGGUUAAUAAAUGAAAUAUUUGAACAUCUAACUUCGAAAAGUUUCAAGAGUGGCUCAGUGAAUAUGACUAGUAAUCAUUUGAAGGUAAAUACUGCGGAGUCGUAAUUCAUGAAAAUCUGUAAAAAAAAAAUUUCUAUUGUUCUGAAAAAAAAGACCUAGAUAUUGACACAAUGGAAAUUCCAAUGGAACGUCCUAUUUCAUGAAAGAAAACUGUUCCAACAUUCACAACUGCUGAUCUAUGUAGUUUUUAUUCAAAAUGCAGGUCUUGAGAUUUUCUUUCUUAUCAGGAUUAUUUUAAAAAACGACUGUUUUCAAAAACAAGCUAACUCUGCCAAAUUUCGGAUUAUAAUCAUGUUUGUCUAGACGCCUAUUAGCAUUAACAAACAGAAAAGAACUUUCUAUAAGGAAGGUUCUUCAGAAGUUCCCUGUUUUCCGAGAAAACCGCUUCAAUAAUUGUGGGGAACACAAAGUAGUUUGAAGUGAAGAAAACAGAAAAAGGCACAAAAAUGGAAGGGAAGUUGAUGGAUGAGUUGGGCGAAAAUUGGGCACGCCGCCAAUUAAGCGCCUUUUCGUGGCAUUUGCCUUCAGUCUUCUUCAGGCUCUAACUUUAAAAAAAAAAUUAAGAAAGAAAAUAAGCUGACAGCAAGGAAAUUCUAAUUUGGAAAGCUUCCUGUUUGGUGUCAUAAUGCGUGACUUCGCAGUCUGUUUGAGCCGCACUUUUCAUUAAUUUUUGAAUACCUCGCACAACAUAUAUCUAUCUAUGCGUAUAAAUUUUAAGUUGAAACGUGCUAGAACAAAAUUUGAAAAAAAAUCACACAAUAUUGUAUUUUUCAAAAUUUUCAGAAAUUGACAAUUUAAAUAGAAACUAGCUAGUCUUGAAAAAAUUCAAAUGUUCAUAUUUAUUCCGCUUUUACUGAGUUUUGAAGUCGAUAUUUGGAUACUCUUAAUGAAUAGUAGACCGAAAAAUAGAGUGGCAACAUAAUUAUUUCUCCGUGCGUCAUUUUACAGACGAAACCACUUCGGUACAGAACGUUUUCAAGGUUCCUGAGCUUGUGAAAGACUGAAGAGUGUUUUCAGAGGAGACGCAGACGGCGAUGAAACGGAGUCUGGACAACUUCUGGCGGAGCAUCCACAUGCAGCUGCCGGUGAGCUCCGACGGCGUCAAACGCAGCGAGUUUUCGCGCGCCCGCGCCAACGCCUACUACCGCCUCGGCUGA